AGAAAUUCACCACACAAGUCAGAGAAUAUACAUAUGCUUAUACCAUAUAUUAGAUAAUAUAAAAGACCUCUAUUUUGUAAUCGAUUGACUAAAAAACCAGCUUUACAACUUUCUUCACAUUAAUUAACCUCUAGCCUCUUUUGCACCUCAGCUUCCAGGUCCACGAUUCUAGGCCUCAGUUCAGCAUCAACAACCAAGCCGGACAGUCGAAGAUUCUCCGUUCAAACAUUUAAAUAAAAAAUAAUUUCUAGUCAUUGACCUGAGUGAAAAAAAAAACCAAAGAAGAGACAUCUUAGUAAUUAUGCAAAUGACCAAGCUUGCCGGCUUCUUAUGGCUCCUCCAGUUGCUGCUUCUGUGUUCUUUCGCUGGAGCUCAUUCGGCGAGGGGAGAAGAGCAACUGGAGGCUCUGCUGGACACGGAGACUCAACUCAUCAAUGAGUUGCGUGACUACAUAGAGCGAAUGGAGCUUCAGCUGGAGGAGAUUCGCAAAGAGACCGCAGAGAUCGAGGAGAUUCACAGCCAGGUGGCUGCUGAUAAUGUGGAGGAGCACAUGGGCAAUCCUCUCAACGUGCUCACCAUCCUUAAGAGAUUUGAGACUGUGUGGCCCAAGCUGGAGCAGCAGGCAAAUGCCACAAUCCAGCUGAGUCUACGUGAGGGACUUAUCACCCAAGGAGAGCUAACCCUGCCCACCGAGGAGGAGUACGAAGAGUCUCUCAGCCACCUGCUGCACCUUCAGUCGGUUUACGAGCUGGAACCCGCCAGCCUCUCCCUGGGAGUGGUCAAUGGCCUAAAGCUGGGUUCCGCCAUGUCCUGGGGCGACUGCCUGGAACUGGCUCGCGAGUCGGACUUCUCGGUGGCUCGGUUUUGGUUAGAAACUGCUCUGAACAAGCUGCCAGGCACCAGCGAAAACUCCACAGAGUCGCAGAGGGAGCGGGAGAGAGGACGAGUCAAGAUUCUGGAAACGAAACUCAACAUGGAAUACCGCGCUGGCGAACAUUCCCGAGCCCUGGCAGCCGUGGAGGAGCUCAUCCUGCUGCUGCCCAAGGACCAAGGUUACCAGAAGGCCAAGGCAAAGAUUGAGCAGGCCAUGGCCAACAAGGAGUUGCCCAAGGGCAAAAGACGAAAGUCGAAGAGGACAAAGACACAGAAAGCCAAGUCAGCAGAGCAGCUGCUCAUAGAAGAGCUCUGCCGCGGGGCAGCCCAGGAAGCCACCACAGGAAGCCGCCUCCAUCAGUGCCAGCUGGCGAGGAAUACUCCUUGGACGCUCUUGCAGCCCGCUAAGCUGGAGCCCCUGAGCUCAGACCCCCACAUAGUUCUCCAUCACGACGUGUUGACCGCAAAGCAAGCUGAGCAACUGAUGGAACUCAUGGAUGAGGAGGAGGAGAGUGCAGCAAGUCGAGGAGUCAGCUACCAGCCCAUGAAGUUAUCCAAGUUGGCGCAGAAGAAGUUGAAGAGCGUUUACCGAAGGCUGGGUCUGAGUCACCAGGCCGGGGAAUCACCGAAUCCCUGGCAGGGACGUCGCCAUGGCCACGGACACGCCACCGUGCUGGAGAAGGACUCAGAACUUGGCCGUGGCCAUGCGGCACGUGGCAUGCUGAGCUUGCAGGCACCCGGAAUGGGCGGAGCCGUGGUCUUUCCCCAGCUGGAGCUCGGCGUGAAUGUCCCACGUGGCGACCUACUGCUGUGGCAUACACGCACCGCCGGCGGUUUGGGAUUGGGAUCCGCAUCCGGACAUGGAUCCGAAUGGGACUACCGCAGUCGCCAGGCAGUCUGUCCCGUGCUGCUGGGCGCACAAUUGUCCGCGUGGACGGGACUCAGUUGACAGGACUCAAGCGAUGGCAGCGAGGCGGAAGGACUCCGCUGAUUUGCUGAUGCAUGUUACAUAUGCAUUAAUUGCCG